AAUGCCCGCGUCUCGUUGGUUGAGCCUGUACGUACACUCUCACGAGCAUCUUCCUCCGCUGCGUCCCGGACGACGCUAUAUGUAUUACCAACCUCCGCCAUGGUUGACCAUAGACCGGCUCGCAAGUGGCCGAGACAUUCGCCUCUCGACCGCGACCAUGAGAGCACUCGACUCGCGACGCCUACAGCCAACAAGGACCUUCCAUCUCUUCCCCCGAUCUUUCCUCUGUCUGCUGCUUCUGCCGUUCGUUCUCCGCGUUGGCCAACCACGCAGUGUAUCGCACGAUGAACAGAACCAGGCUCAACCAGUUGCCAAACUUUCGCCGGGCGCAAAGAAAGACGACUUUGGUGGAAUAAAUUUGACGGAGAUCGACGAGGCCAAGUCCGAAGAAUCGAAGGAGGACAUCGAAGGCAUUUUCGAAUCGCUGAUCAUAAAAUGUGGCGGUGAGGGACAUGAUUUCGCAGUGUCCGAAGGAGAGUCGAGAAAGAAAAGGGAGAAUCGGAAGACGAAGAAGGCGGUGGACGUGGUUGGAGCGAGUGACGAGGGUAGCAGCGAGGUGUUGAAACAGGAAGACGAGGAAGCUGGUGUGGUGAAAAAGCGUAGAAGGAACGACGUUGCUUUGGUCGGUAAAUCCGAGGUUCGAGAGAGCGAGGGGAUUCCGGUUGGACAGAUCGGAGAAGCUACGGACGAGGGAAUCAGGAGAUUCGAUUCGCAAGUGGAUGCCGAUGGUGUUGCGCCUGGCCCGUUCGAUCCGCGCCACAGCAACGAAGAGUACAAAGGCUCCGUAAAAGCGAUCGAGCCUAAAGAAUCGGAGAUAUCGAAUGCCGAGGGGAGUCGCGUCCAGGAUGACGAAAAAUCGAAACAACCGCUUCCCAAUUACUUUCGAAAAUCGGGAAAGCUCGAAGACGACGAUAGCAAAAGCGAAGAGGAAUACUCGUCGGACGAAAGUGCAGUCUCCGAAGAAGGCAAAGAGUUUUUCGCGAAUAGAGAAUACAGAUCUUUCGUCGAGCCACGAGGUAAAUCGAAACGUAAGAGUUCCACCGUUUACUUGAACGCGGAGGAGAAGAAGAUAUCCGAUGGGGAACAGCAAUCGAUCGUCGAUGGACAGAUAAAGAAGUUAAUAUCGAUUCGCGACGACGCGCUCGACGCUCGGAAGACCGACAAGAUAGACGAGGCCAAAGUCUUAAAUUCGAAACGGCAGGUCGAGACGGACGAGUGGCUCGCCUUUAACGAGGAGAAGCUUCGGAACGCGAACAAGGGUAACAAGCAAAAAUCGGGCAGAGUCGAGGAUCUUCAUCGAGUCAGGCUUCUCACCCCGGACGUCGCGGUGUACAACAUCCUGCAGGACGCUCUGGAAUCGUAUCCCAACGACGAAACGCUGGUCUCUUACAUCGAUCCGAAAAACGACACUCUGAAGGAAUUGCUCACUUUCGAUCAGUUGACUAUUCUCCAGAUGGCCGAGAAAUUUUUACCUCAAGCCUUGCGCCGAGAAUAUUCCGACAAGAUGUUUUCGUGCGUCCGAAGAUUCGAAUAUUUUAGUUGCGUCAAGUACUUUGCGUGGCCUUUGGUCAAACAAUACUUCCCAGCGUUGCCCGCUUUUCCAGAUUACCAAUGUUGGUAUCCGAUCGCCGAUCUGUCUCCGCAGUAUCCGAUUUUCCCCUUCCCCAGCUUCUCGGAAGACAUCGGCGAGCUGCCAGAAGUGGUGGACGCCGAUGGUACCAGAACGAGGAAGCCUAGACCGGAGGCGCUCAUCAUCCAGGUUCUUCAAAAUACGCUAAAGGAACAGCCACGUAUAUCCACUUCGCCGUCUUUUCUGGAUCAAUCGAUGGAUACGUAUGUAACUCUGAUACCCGAGGAUCAAUUAUUAACCAUCAACAUGGCCGAGCAAUUGAUCCCGAUCUCUUAUCGGCCAGAAUUUGUUCAGAAGACUGUCAGAUGCAUGAAGGAGUACAACUAUCUCUCUUGUUUCAAAUACUCAGCCUGGCCAACGGUCAAACGUUUCAUUCCGACUCUUCCGGACAUUUUCAGUCUCAUGCCGGAGUUUCAGGGUGCAGAGCUGUCGUCGGACGUUGGUAGCUACGUUCCACAACUCAACGCCUAUUCCAAUCUCAACUUCUACGUACCUGUCGGAGCAACUACCGUUCCAAAGGAUACCGAGGCACCGGCUUAUUCGUCGCUGAAGAAUCGAGGAACUUUGUUACGAUCUUCCGACCAGUUGGAGACCAGGAUCUUGGAGAUCCUACAGAACGUCUAUCUUACGAAAUCCUACGAGCAGGCCAGAGAGAUACCGUCGUUUAUUUUAACGGGGAACGCCGUGAGAUUCGUCACGUUUACCAAGAGGCAAAUCGAAAUUUUACACCUGACGGAAUCUCUUCUCCCGCCGUCUGCUCGCGCAACUUUCAUCACCGAGUUUCUUUCCUAUCUUCAGAAGAGCAACGAUUUCAUCGACGCCGCCAGAUACGUAAUAUGGCCAACGAUCGCAAAGUACCAGCCGACUUUAUCCGAAUUCCCGCAAUCCGAGGUUCCCGAUCGCGUGAAGGAGCCAGUUGAUCCGCAAGGAUCCACGGAGAUCGAGGACAGCUCGAUAAAUCCCGGGGUUCUGAUACAAGAACGGGUCGCGUCGAACGUGGAAAAAGAAAAGGUGGCGGGUAUCUUCUUCAGAGACAAGGAAUCGCGAAACAGAGUACCCAACGUACCGGUAAUCAGCGUGUCAGGCACUAGAUUUGUCCCAAUAUUCUCCGAGCUUCCAGAGUCCGUGAUUUAUAACAUUCUCCGAUCGGUUCAACUGCAAUCCAUCAAAUCCUCCACUUCAGCAACUUCCAGUUUCACGACCAAAAAUCAGGAAUUCCUCGACUUGCUAACCGUGCAACAGGCGAAUAUCAUUGGUAUCGUGGAUACUUUGCUUCCAGACAAUGUUCGACCCAAUUUCGUCAACGCGAUGCUCUCGUGCUUACGCGCCGAAAACUUUCUCAUAUGCACCAGGGACGUGGUUUGGCCAACGCUGUUGAUCUAUUUUCCCUGGUUGCCGAAUUUCCCGGAUUUUGGAAUCGUAAGCAGCGUACGACCCAGUGGUUCGCCCAGUCCCGUCUCUAAUUCCACGUUAACGGAGAUUAGCUCUAGUUCCGAUACACCGGCUCUUUCGGAGACCGACGUGAAGACAGGACAGCACGGGGACACCAAAGUGACCAUAACCGACACCAGAUUCUUUCCAAUUUACAACGAAUUGCCAGAGACCAUCAUAUCCAACAUCCUGAAAGCUGUUCAAUUUUCUAUUCCUAAUUUAGCCGGUUCGCCAGCUCCGGUAAGAACGCAAGAGUUUUCGCCGCAUCUGUCCGAGCAUCAGAUUAAUAUUAUAAAUAUCGCGGAGAAUUUGUUGCCGAUUGCCACGAGGCUCGAAUAUAUCGAGAAUAUCAAGCCAUGCAUCAAGGAACGAAACUUCUUGGAAUGUAGCAGAGACGUUACUUGGCCGACGAUCGCCAAGUUUUAUCCAUGGCUACCCAGCUUCCCGAAUUUCGGUACUCUUCAGAAUCUGCCUGGCGAGUCGAGUUCCAGUUCCAUCAACUUUCAAGUUCUCCUGUCGGAGAAACCUUCCAAUCCCGCGGUGCAGGCUUCUCAAGCUGGUUUGAUCAAAGAAGCGGAACUUUUGGAGCAAGCCGAGGAGAAAAUAGAGAACAUCUUAUCCGACAUUUUGAGCAAGAGUCCGGAAUUGGAGCGAUCGUAUUUAAACGUAACCGAUUCUGUUGCUUCCAGUUUGAACAAGAGACAGAUAAAUAUCAUCAGAUUGGUGGAAAGAGGAAUACCAGACACGGCUAGACAAUCUUACGUCGCGCGAAUGCAAAAUUGCAUAACGGGUUACAGUUUUGUAGCUUGCACGAACAACAUCAUCUGGCCAAUUCUCAAACAAUACAGUUUCUCAUUGCCUGACUUUUCCAGCAUCAGCGAUUUGUUUUCUCAGUUCCCCGGCAUCGUACAGAUUCCCGGUCUGCCAGACUUUGGUUCCAUCGCCGGUAACAUUCCAGGUAUCUCUCAACUACCGGGGAUUUUACAUUUUCCCGGAAUUUCCCAGCCGUCGACCGAGUUUCCCACGUUGUCGACGCAGGCUGGCGAACUCGCGGCACGAUCAGACUCGCAAAAUUCGCAAAGUAAUUCGCGCGCGGAAGCCCAGGAGGGCAAAUCGGAAGGAGACCCAACGAUCACGCCGUCAGUAGACAAUGACGGAGCCGUCCCAGGAUACGCAAACCAACCGCCAGGCAUCCUCAUAGACAUCUCCAACGAGAAGGUCGACUUAUCCGAUACUGGUGGAGAAGCAGCGACUGUCAAUUCAAAAUCGUCGGAAGAAGUUAAAAGUAGAGAACGUAGGAGCACCAUAGACGUCCUCGGCUCUUAUUACGAUAACGAAGAAGCGGACACAGCGGAUAGCUUGGCGUCUUCGAAAUCGUCGACCCUGGCGUUGCCAAACAUCACGGAAUCCGAGUACCUUCGGUUAUUGAUCAGAGCGAAGGAGAAUCUGAGAUUCACCAACGCGAGUCCCUCUAAAUCGGAACAGUAUCUCGUCGACAAGUUGAACUCCAUGAUGAGAAAUUCUUUGACCGCCGACCAGUACGAGAUCUUGAAGAUCAUCCAAGACUUGGAAGAUCGACCAUCGAGCAAAGGAGUUACGCAGCAGGUUAUACAGUGUCUUCUGAGUCUCAGCUUCAUACGAUGCUUGGGUAUCUUCGUUUGGCCGCUUGUCGUCAGUAAUCUGCCUUCUCUUCCUGAUCUUCCGUCUCUACCGAGUUUCGGUAUCUUGGGGCGUUACUUGGACACGGACAGCCAGGUGCGCGAUUUCUUCGGCAUGUCGACGACCGACUUCGAGCAGAGGCUGCUGGAAAGGAAGGAAUCGAUCGAGAGCUUCUUACUCGACUGGUACAGGAAGCUGGCGGAGGACAAGUUUCAAACGGACAUAGGAUAUCUGAAGAUCAAGGGCUAUGGGAAUAACCAGCUGGGAAUCAGCUUCUCCGGAUUCAGGGAAGGUAGAGGAGCGAAACUCAAGGAUAACAAGAAUCUUCCUAGUAUAUUGACGAUCAUAAGCGACAUAAUGGAGGAAGUUUUGGACCAACGGCCCGAAGGUGACAGAGCGAAGAAGGAUAAGGAGAAAAGGGAGAGAAGCAUAGAAGGUUCGAGAGAAACUGAUAUUCAGCUGUUGAAGAACAGCGAGGAGAUGGUUGAUAUUAAGAGAUCCAUAGACGACGACGAGAUCAUCACGCUGUUUCUCGACAGGAUCAGACCGAACGAUUCGGAGAUAGAGAACGACGAUACCAAGUAUACUUCGGAUGACGCGUACGAUGCUUUCGGAGUUCUCUUUGGGACGAAACUGCACGACAAACUUGCCGGCGAAAUAGAAUCUCUCGAUGCCGAGUUUAGAAUGGAAAAAACGGAGAACGAUAGAGCAGGUCCGAUAGAGCCGAUAAGGGAAGUAGACAUCGUGUCUUUGGAGUCUGGAAAAGAUUCCGACGAGCUGAAAGUUCUACCGACGAAGAGCCAAGUGGCGUACGAUUUCGAGAAAGAGUCGUCGCGGGACCAGGAACAGAGACAAAGACAGAAACGAGCUAAGAACUUUUUCAAAUCUUUUUUACAGAAAUAUUCGGACAGACGGUCCAAGGACGACUCCAACGUGGAAAGUUUCGACAACGUCGGGGAUAACAAAAUCAUCGAGGAAAAUCAGAAAGACGCGAGAUCCACUCUGGUCGUUCAACUGCCGCGUUUACACGAGGAAGUGGUGUCGAGAAAGGUGACCAAUUCGAUGAUUCACAUGGGCAAGGCUUUCAAGACGAAGAUGACGCAGAUGAUGCCAGGAUUCGGACUGGUGCUGUCUUUUUUGCUUCAAAUGGCCCUGGCUCAUGCGCGUGCAACCGCGUCGAUGGCUGGAAUGAUCAGCAAUAUGGCUCUCGGAACGGCUAUGUUCGGAAUGAUUCGAGAUUCUUUCUUCGGAUCGAGCGGUCAUCCAAAAAUUAAGUACGUCUACGACAACGAUAAGAACGGACCAGGAAUCUCUUGGCCUGCUCAAUACGAAUCCGGUUCUCGUUACUACGGAUAGCCAUCGUUAUAGAUAACUAAUUACACUACGAUCGUUGUUGGAAUAUCGUAUCGGAUAGUGGAGCGAUGAAAUUUCACGCGAUAUUCGUUAGAUCUCUUACACGCGUAGCGAUUUUGAUAGAUGUAGCGAUAAGAGUAAGCGAUGUUCGAGGAUUCCGGAUUUCUUGGUAACAGGAGUCGAAUCAUCUGGAGUCGGGGUGCAUAGGCUAGCCUACGAGCCAGUUUUAAACAAGUAAGAGGGUUCUACGGUUACUGAUUACGAUUACGCUAUGGUAGAAUUGUAGUUGACGCACGGCGCUUGAUCUACUAAGAGUUAAGGCGUAUCGACUUGGUCGGUCGAGGGUUCGUCGUUCGUUUACCUUAAAGGCUGAAUAACAAUGAACGUUGUAUUGGGCUAGCUUUAA